AUGCGCUCACUUCCGACAGCACAGGCACUGUACGACGCUGUAUUCGCUCGCUACUCAUCGCCUGCCACUGCUGCUCUAGGCCGCCUGCUUCUGCCUUACCUGUUCCCCGAGCUGUCAGCCUUUGCCACAGUAGAGGACCUUGUUUCCCACCUGCGCGCUAGUGACGCUCGCUACCGCGCUACUGUCCCUGCUGAGUUCCUUGACAGGAACCUGCCCCCGAUGUUCAUCACCCUCUACUUCAUAGUCACUCGCCUCCCUGACUCUCUUCGCUCUGUCAGGGACCACUUUCUCUCACUUGACCCCACCUCCCUCACUGUUGACCUACUCGAGGAGCACCUCCUCGCAGCUGAGACUAGUGCAGUUGCUGUAGGUGCUGCUCGUGGCACUCCACGCACGCCCUUCUUUGAGGGGUGCUCCCCCUCCCACCUUGCCCCCUCCUACGCCUCUGCUGCUGCUGCAGACGUCCCUAGUGCUGAGGACGUCGGAGCUGCUUCUGCUAGUGCGAAGCGCCGCAGCAGCAAGGGCAAGGGUGGCAGGGGUGGUGGAGGGGGCAGCGGGAGUGGUGGUGGGGGCAGCAGUGGAGGUAGUGGAGGCGGUGGAGGUGGUGGCGGUGGUGGAACUGGUGGCCGGGGUGGGAGCUCUAGUGGCGGCGGUGGAGGCAGCGGUGGGAGUGGUGGCAGUGGCGGCGGUGGGACUGGUGGCGGUAGGACUGGAACUCGGCGUGGAGGUUCCGGAGGUGGCCAGCGGCAGCAGCAGCAGCGUCGGAGCGAGACCCAGUCGCCCCAGCAGCUUCGUGAGUGGUUGUUUCAGCGUAUAGAGGCUGCUGCUCUAGGUGCUAGUGAGUCUGGUACUCUCCCUGGUACUGCGCCUGCUGAGGCCUUACACACCUUCACGCUGGACUCAGGUGCCUCACGCUGUUUCUUUCGUGACAGCACCACUCUCACUCCUCUCCCUGCACCUGUCCCGGUCCGACUGGCUGACCCCUGCGGGGGCCCGGUCGUUGCCCGUUCCUCCACUGUCCUCCCGUGGCCGGCGGUUCCGUCCGGCUCACUGUCAGGUCUUCACCUCCCCUCAUUCUCUACGAACUUGGUGAGUACCGCUGCCCUCCAAGAUGCGAUGGUCACUACCACCACUCCUGCGGGUCAGCGUGUGUCGAUCUGCACGUGUACACGGACGGGUCGUCACCUGGCCAUGUUCACUCGCCGGCCAGGGUUGAGUCUGUACACACUGGCUACCAAGCCUUCUCAGGUAGCUGCGUCUGCUCAGGUGUCCGCGUUAGGUCAGGUAGCACCCCCUUGCUCGUGUCGCCUCCUGUCGCACCAGAUGCUUCUAUGGCACCACCGCCUGGGUCACCCCUCCCUGCCACGCCUUCGUGGCAUGCACUCCCGUCUCCUUGUCUCUGGUCUUCCCAGGUCUCUGCCUCCUCUCCCGCCCUUGCCUGCCCCGCCCUGCCUUCCUUGCGUUGAGGGACGGCAGCGUGCCGCUCCUCACUCCUCGUUUCCCCCGACGAUAGCUCCCCUGCAGACUCUCCACAUGGACGUGUGGGACCCAGCCCGCGUCAGUGGACAGGGCCGUGAGCGCUACUUUCUGCUGGUUGUUGACGACUACACGCGGUACACCACGGUCUUCCCCUUGCGCAGCAAGGGUCAGGUCGUUGAUGGUUCUCGUGCCUUUGUCCGCGAUACGUCCGCGGACAAGCUCUCCGCCCGCGCCAUUCCCUGCGUCUUCCUUGGCUUUGUCCCUGACGCGCCUGGCUGGCAGUUUUACCACCCUACCUCGCACCGUGUCCUCCCCUCUCAGGACGUCACGUUUGACGAGUCGGUUCCCUUUUACCGUCUCUUCCCCUACCGCUCUGCCCCUCUCCCUCCCCUGCCGCUCUUCCUUGCUCCAGAUCCCCUUCCAGUAGACCCUCUCCCUCCUCAGGGUCUGGCUCCCUCAGGUGUCUCUCAGGUAGACCCACCCCCUGGUGUUGUGCCUGGUGAGGUAGCUGUAGACUCAGGUGCUGCUAGAGGUACUGCGUCUGCGGGUUCUCAACCUGGGGGUACUGAGACUGGGGGUGCUGAGCCUGGGGGUGCUGAGACUGGGGUUUCUGAGACAGGGGGUGCUGAGCCUGAGGGUGUUGAGCCUGGGGGUGCUGAGUCGGAGGGUGCGGAGUCUGGGGGUGCUGAGCCUCAGGGUGCUGCUUCGUCUGGAGAUUCUGCUGGUGCUUCGCCGAGGUUGUCUCCGCAGCUGCUGCGUGAGUGGCUUGUUCGGCGUGCACGCCUUCGGAGUGGAGCUACCGGAGCUGGAGGUGCUGGAGCUGCUGGAGCUGGGGGUGCUGGCGUUACUGAAGGAGCUUGUGUUCCUGGAGGUACUGCGGCUACUGGUCCUGGAGGUGCUCGUACCCAGGGUACUGGAGCUGCCGGGACCGGUGGUGUUGGGGGCGCUGGAGCUGGAGACCCUACGGAGUCUGGAGCUGCUGGAGCUGGAGGCUUUGGCGCAGGUGGCGCUGGAGCUGAAGGAGCUGGAGUUGGAGGCAAUAGCGAGGGAGGCGCUGGAGCUGGAGGUGCUGGAGCUGCGGACCUUGGCGGCACUAUGCGGCCUCCCACUGUCUCUCGUCUCCUUGCUACUGCUGUCACUGAACCUUCCUUUGAGUCUUCUGCCGCGUCUGCCCUCAUUGCUGAGCUGCUUGACUUUGCUGCUGCCUGUCGCCUAGACUAUGCCACUGCUCUUGUUGCUGAGUCUGCGUCUGCCAGUCCUCCAUCCGUCCGGGGUGAGUGUGCUCUUGGCACGGACGUCCUUGAGGACAGGCAGGAGGAAUUUGAGUGUCUUGCAGCUGCUGUACCUCAUUUCGCUUCCAUGGUGCUUGCCCCUGAGGGAGACCCGGAUGCACCAGACAUCCCGACCCCGCGCUCUUACGCAGAGGCAAUUACGGGUCCCUACUCCUCUCAGUGGCAGGCAGCCAUGGAUGCCGAGAUGACAUCCUGGAAGUCCACAGGCACCUACGUCGACGCAGUUCCCCCACCUGGGGCGAACAUAGUCGAUGGCAUGUGGAUUUUCAGGGUGAAGCGGCCGCCGGGUUCUCCGCCUGCCUUCAAGGCGCGUUACGUUGCUCGAGGCUUCAGUCAGCGACAGGGGGUUGACUACUUCCAGACCUUCUCCCCCACUCCGAAGAUGACUACUCUUCGGGUGUUGCUGCACGUAGCUGCUCAGCGUGACUACGACUUACACUCCCUGGACUUCAGUACAGCCUUCCUGUAG